GGGCUCUCAACAUAUAGACAUCAACUCUAUAUAUUUAUAUAAAAAUACAUUUUCAGCACUAAAUCGUCUUUUUCUUUUAAAUAGAAAACUAAGAAUCAAUGGAGUGGAGCUUUAUUUAUAAAAUGUAGUGUGAACUGAAAAAAACAUAACUCGUUUCUUAAAGGUCACAGUUAAUAGAACUCUAGUUCUAUUAACAAAUUUAAGGAAUUGGAAUAAACUGUGGAAACAAUAAGGGAAAGAACACAAACAUUUAACCACAACACCAAAAGAAAAAAAAACACAAAAAUCUCAAUAACGCAAUGUUGAAUAAGCCUAUUUUCUGUCUCCGGUGUUAACAUAAACCUCAGCUUCCUUCCAUGGUAGAAUUAAUCAAUAACCAAAUGGCAACCUACUUAGGGAUUUCAGUACACUCCCACCAAUCUGGAAAGCUGAGGUUAGCAUUAUUUUUCACAUGAUUUCCUUUGGUUCAUCAAACGCUUUCUUCGUAUACAACAAAGCAAUUAGAUCUAUGGUUUGUGAAAAGAUCAACAUGGAGUUCCGUAUAUCUACUGAAUUACUAAUUGACAAACUGCCCUUCUCUCCUGCUGCGCGACUUGCAUUGUGGUAUGUGAUGUCCAGAAGUCACUGUUUGGUCAUCAUACCUGGAAACAAUUUUAAGAGGGUGGGCUUCUGUGUUGAAAACCCAGUGGUCAAGAGGAAUCACAGAAGGCGGAGAAAAAAGAAGAUAGAGAUAUUUAAGUGUCUCUGCAAGCAAGAAGCUUUGACACCGGUGUUAAUCUGUGAAAAGCCAGAGCACAUAAGGAACUCUGUAGGUGGUGAAGAACUAAACUUCUAGUUUAUUUUAUUCUCUAACUAAGCUACAUUAAGAAUUAAAAAUAAGCACAUACGUAGUAUUUGAUAGCUAUCUCCUAGAGCGUAUACAAAACUAGUUCUUAGUUUUUGUCACGUAUUCACGUUAUUGGUUAAUAUGUGUGUGUGUGUUGAAUGUACUUCUUGGCAGAAGAGAACAAUUUCAGUUUUUUGACUUUUUUCCAUCUAAGUUUUUAUUCACUUUUUAAAUAAAAUAUAUUUUAAUUAUAAAUUUUCACAAGGCAGCCAAAACUUCUACACUUUGUCAGCACAUUCAAACUCAUAUAUGAAAAUGAUCAAGUUUUAAAGACCAAAAUAUAUUCCUUAAAAAUAACAAUACAUUAUUUAUUCUCUGUAAGCAAUACAAGGAAUGCUUUUUAGGUCAUUUUACAUCAAUUCGUCACUCUAGCUUAUUUUACCAAACACUUUUGUCACCAAUUACAACUUCCAAUUGUCAACUAAUUGUCUUGUCAGCUUUCAGCUAGUUUACAGCUCAAUGCCUUUAGCUAUCUUAAUUCAAGCUUUUGUUUGGCACGACAAAAACUAGCUUAUACUUAGGGAUGGACUCGGGCCGGGCGGCCCGGCCCGGGGGGGCGGUUCGGGUCGGCCCGGGCCCUUUGAUUGGCGAACCAGCCCGGCCGGUUCGGGCCCGGUUCGGGCCAAAUUAUUUUUUUUUUUGGAAUUUUUUUUAAGUUUUUG